GAUCCAUUUAGAUGGGGGUUGAGGGGGGGGGCUUGCUUUUCUUGCCCUCCACACACAUCCGUGAAUAACAGUUUGCUCCAGGACCUGACCGGCCUCGAUGCUUUCUGUUCCCUCUCACCUGUCCAUGACUGAUCAUUCAGUGAUAAUUAAUUCUUUUAUUUCCUCCUCUGCUCCUUGACAUUGAUAAUUUGAGCCCCUAAACAAAAUCAGGCAGAGCACCAGGUACUUCUGGUAUGUUAUUUUUGCAGAAUAUUGGGGCUGGGCAGAACCUUAAAGAGGUUCAGAAUUCAAGAGAAAACUUUUUUAAGAGCUAUAGUAACUUUAACUUUAGUUCACCCAAUACCAAUUAACCAAAUCUCUUAAAGACCUUGAAGGCUGCUUCCGUUUUAGUCACAAAACUCAGAGAGCCUGUGCCCGCCCCUCUUUCAUUCCUCAAGGCCAAGGGCAUUCCAUAAUGAAACUAGCAGCCUCUUGCCCUUUUCAUCUCACAUCUAAGGCCAUGGGGACCUGCCACCACCUCCUGAGAGGAAGGAACCCAUCAGCAUAGUGUUUGUCUUACAUCUAGCAGAGCUGAGGGUAAGGUCUAAGGUGAGGGAGGCAUAAGGUUAGAGUUUGGGUUCUGCACUUAGUGUAGAGGUUCAGAGUGAUAAUUCUUUAACUGGAGUUCAUCCAACACCAAUUAACCAGGUCUAAAGACCUCUGCACUAAGUGUGGUGGACAUGGGAUCCAGUGGAUCCAGCUGGAGUUAGAUGGUCAAGCAGCCUCAGACACACGCCUUUCAGGCCUUGUAGCCAGCAGGAUCGAGAGCUUUCUGAGAGCAGUAUGUCUCUGGAUGCUGUGUGGGCUCCACAGACAGCAAACAUCGGGGACGGGCCUGCCAAGAAAGCUAGUGACCAGACCUCCAUGCAGACACAGGUCCUCCAGACUGCCUCCCUAAGAGAUGGCCCAGCAAAGAGGGCAGUAUGGGUCCGUCGGGACAAUGCUGAGAAAGAAGAGCCUGUUAAGUCAGCUGUGUCCAAGGAUAGGCCAAGGCUAGAGGUGACCAAAGCAGUGGUUGUGGACCUAGGUACUGGCUUCUGUAAAUGUGGCUUUGCUGGCCUGCCAAAGCCCACUCAUAAGAUCUCAACAACAGUGGGCAAGCCCUACAUGGAGACAGCCAAGACUGGGGAUAAUCGCAAAGAGACCUUUGUGGGGCGUGAGCUCUUUAACCCAGAUAUACAUCUCAAACUGGUCAACCCCCUGCGUCAUGGCAUCAUUGUGGACUGGGACACAGUACAGGACAUCUGGGAAUACCUCUUCCGACAGGAGAUGAAGAUCGCCCCAGAGGAACAUGCGGUCCUGGUUUCAGACCCACCACUGAGUCCUCACACCAACAGAGAGAAGUACGCCGAGAUGCUGUUUGAGACCUUCAACACGCCUGCAAUGCACAUCGCCUACCAGUCCCGCCUGUCCAUGUACUCCUACGGACGCACCUCUGGCCUGGUGGUGGAGGUCGGACAUGGUGUGUCCUAUGUGGUCCCCAUCUAUGAGGGUUAUCCUUUGCCCAGCAUCACAGGGAGGCUAGACUACGCGGGAUCUGACCUAACGAACUACCUGAUGAACCUGAUGAACAACUGUGGAAAACACUUCUCUGAGGACCACCUUAGUAUUGUGGAAGACAUCAAGACGAAAUGCUGCUUUGUGGCCCUGGACCCCAUUGAAGAGAAGAAAAUCCCUCCCAGUGAACACGAGAUCCAUUAUACUCUGCCUGAUGGGAAAGAGAUCCGUCUGGGUCAGGAGAGGUUCCUCUGCUCAGAGAUGUUCUUCAAGCCAUCUCUAAUCAAGUCCAUGCAGCUGGGCCUCCACACCCAAACCGUGUCCUGCCUUAACAAGUGUGACAUUGCACUCAAACGAGACCUCAUGGGGAACAUCCUGCUCUGUGGGGGCAGCACUAUGCUCAGGGGUUUCCCCAACCGUCUGCAGAAGGAACUGAGCAGCAUGUGUCCCAACGACACCCCACAGGUAAAUGUGCUGCCCGAGAGAGACACCGCAGUCUGGACUGGUGGUUCUAUCCUGGCCUCGCUCCAGGGUUUUCAACCACUGUGGGUCCAUCGCCUUGAAUACGAGGAACAUGGGCCUUUCUUCCUCUACAGAAGGUGCUUCUGAACAGGUGCAACACGUACGCUGUGGUGACCAUGUGCUAGCUUUACCGUCCGAGGGCUGAACCUUUCACACGUGGUGUCAAGCUGGCAUGUUCAUUUCUGUAGCAUUAAAAACCCCUUGUGUCUGUCCCCUUCCCUUCA